UAAAUACACAUUGUGUUGAUGGAUAUAACCAAAGAAUACAUAUAAUACAAUUCUGCGUCUCUGAAAUAGACAAAUUUAUUUGUAUGUAUACGUGAAAGAUCUGUAGAAGAUUGAAGACCAGUUAUGUACAGGAUGCAUAUUGUGGACUUUGUGGGGUUAGACCAUUGCUACUCCAAACCCUGGAGUGCUCAUCCAGAUGCUAGCAAUGCACGCCCAGUAAAGCUCCUCUUCAUGACCAAGCCAACAAAAACACAGACAACUCCAGACCAACUUCUAAGUGCCCGGGAUAUUGAGAUAGACGUGGUAGGAGACAGUGUUAUUCCUCCACCUCCUUAUGAGAUGGCAAAGGCUCGUAGUCUCAUGCAUGAAUGUGAUCGCAGUGUUAACUUUGCCCGGACAGAAAAUUGUGCUGAUGAUGCUGAGGACCAUGUUAGCAAAGUGGGAUGGACGCUACAGCAAAACCGAUUGUAUAACAAAGUAAUGAAGGCAUUACAAGGUGACAGACUGUCUAGACUAGCCUACCACGGGCACCACAAUGAACCUGUGAUGAGACGGAUACACAUAGACAAGACUGCACGAAGGAUCCGACAGGCACUGGCUGGGGUGUCUUGGGACCCACGUCUCACCCAGUGGUUACAUGGUGUGCUGCUCGACAGCCUCAGUGUGCCAGUCCUCAGUGCUUACCUAGAUGUUCUACAGACUCUCAAGUCAAAGGUACCUUCAUUAAUUGAGAAAAUGAUUGCCAUGACUGCAGCAGGAGGCAAGACACCUGCUGCCUCAGUUGAUGCUCUCAACCUGCUCCUUAAACGACCUUGGGAUCCUGUGUAUAGUGUCUACUCUCAACAGAAACUGCGUAAACUACCUGGUAACCCUCUCAUACUCAUCGCUCCCUCGGGCCCCACCCACAACAGUGCCUACUCCAAGCGAACACGUUUCUGGAACUCCCAACUAUCACACCUAGGGAAGGUUAUUCCAGUUACCAUGCACACAGUCAGUGGUGGAAGUGGUGUGGGUAUUGCCCAGUGUCUGGAGCACAUGAUUGGUGCUGUCCGUACCAAAGUCUUAGAGCUGAAAGGUCAUUUCCAGCAUCGCCCCAUAGUGUUACUAGGGUGGAGUAUUGGUGCACUAAUAGCCUGCCAUGUAGCCUUGCUAGAGUCAGUCAGUGCAGUAGUCUGUUUAGGCUUCCCUCUUACUGGGACCAAUGGAAGUCGUGGGGACAUUGAAGAUGCAUUGUUGGACAGUCGUACACCAAGUCUGUUUGUGAUUGGUCAGCAUAGCAACAAUGCUGGCAUAGAUGAUAUGGAGGAUCUCCGGGAACGCAUGAAGGCAGAAAAUGGACUCCUUGUCAUAGGGGGUGCUGACAGUAGCCUUCGUGUGAGGAGUGCGAAGAAAAAAGAAGAGGGUAUUACCCAAGUGAUGGUAGACAGACGAAUCCUGGAAGAAUUGUCCGACUUUUUGGGAGGAAUUUUAUGCAAGUCUGCACACCUGAACAUGGAGUCCAAUGCUGAUGUGUCAGAUGCAGAACAGAAAAAGAAGAAGAAAAAGAAGUAUGAGAGGUCCAGUCCUGUUUCUCCUGUGAGCCCUAAAGGCCUGACUGUAGCCAAAGCUCUUAAGUCUGCCCGGCAACAAGGUCUCACCUUUCUCAGUGGCACGUUCACAACUCAAGGCUUCACCACCACCUCUGGUAUCAGUGCUGCUUCUGGACCCGUUAUCUUCUCAGGAACCAAACCAAAAAAUGCACCAAAGAGGAAGUAUGUGCGUAGUGCUCCUGGUACUGUUCCGAAGAAACGAAUGAAGACGGCACUAGUAAAUCAGUCCACACCUGUGACUAGUCCAUCCACACUACAAGCAAUGAAGAGUGCUCCAGAACUGUCCGGAUUAUUAUGUAGACCAGGACCUUUGUCCUUUAACAUCCGUGGGAGUGAGCUUACUCCACAGUCACGUUUACCCUCCACAGUUACCGCUUUAUCUGGAGCUAGUACAGAUGGGACUAAAACUACUGUAUCUUCACAAAGUCCACAGCAUUCAGCAUCCACUAUGUCAUCACUAACCAGUAAGAGCCUGGCUGAUCGCCUUGCUACGCUCAUCAGCCAGAACCAAGCUCUAGACAAAACCACAGCCAAAGUUGCCUCUAAGCCGUUAGCCAAGCCCAGCCAUAGUGUAUGUGGUCCCUCCUCUUCUGACCUUUCACAGACUGCACGAGAUGCCAGACAAGAAUUAUCAGCUGGUGUGGCACUGUCAUCUGCUAACAUUGUCUCCGCUCCAAACUCUUCAUCUUCCCUGCAAAUGACCCUCACUACACUCAGUAAUGCUCUGCGUGCUGGUGGUCUGAAACCACCAGUUCACAUAACAUCAGCAUCUGCCACUGGUUGUAAUCAGAUCCAACAACUUUUGUCCUCUAUUGCAAGAUCAUCUUCAUCUUCAUCUCCUCAGUCACAUCCUGUUGUUGCUCAUUCUAACUUGCCAACACUUCUGCAGACUCUGUCCUCUCCCACAGCAGCUAGUGCACAUCAUGGAAGUAAAGUUACCGUCACCAUCCCCACCUCAGCAGCUGUCAGUAUACCUUCUACUAUUAAUGUUACUACAGUUGCUACCACAGCCACACAGAUGCAUUCUUCUGCCGGAAGUCAGACAGAGUCAGAUAAAGUUCAGACAAUACAGAAACUACAGUUUCAUGAUUUUCCUCUCACUACAACUGGACUUACAGACACAAGUUCCUCCAUUGUCAAAGCCAAAGUCCAUUCAUCAUCACGCCAAGAACUAAUUUGCAUGAUGAAACCCCAGACAAUCAGUACAACGUCUGGAAAGAGUGGAACAACACCUCCAGUCGUCUCAUCACUUCCUGUCCAGUCAUCUUCUGUCACAGAAAGUACCACUUGCACUCCAAGUGUGACAGUUUCCAUGGUAGCCACAUCAUCACCUUCAACAGGAUUAGCCUCGACAGUAGAGAGAACUUUAAUGAGUGGUGGCUCCAUGACAACUGUUGCCAAGCCAGCACAGACACAAGAGAAACAUAUUAAAGUAGUCAUGGCAACAGAAACAUUAGGAAAAGUUUCAUCUCUUCUUGAAUCAAGUCCAGUCAUUCAUCGAUCAACACCAUCACCAUUGGCAAUGACUGCAUGUACUUCUCAGCCAACAAGCACUUCACAAGGAAGUGAGACAGACACUAAAAAUGUUGGCACGGCAACAGCAGCUGUAAUAGCCAUGAGUGGCACACAAGCAUCAGUUACUCAGAUGUCCUGUGUAUCGGUUACCAAUAAAACUUUGACCAGUAAGGGUGUAGCAUCUCCAUUGGUCACAACAUCUUAUGUAACCCCUACUAAAGUCCAUGUAGCCACAACUCGGACAAGACGAAUAAGGACCCCCAAACAGUACGAUGUGUAAACCCACCACCAACUUGAAAAAAACUUUUAGCAAAACUGUUUAAAUGGUAGGCCAUAUCAGUUCUUGAUGGAUUAUUGUCAUUACUAUAUAAACACUUUAUCUAGGGAUUUUUCCAAAUGUUUAUUCUAGUGUCAAAAUUUUGGAGUUAUUUAACAAUAUGGAAGCAGGAGAGACAACAGAAUCUGCAUACCAUAAAUCACCUGUCUUUCACCACUGUUAAUUUUGAUGAUUUCAGUAAUAUUACAAGUUCACAGUCUUUCACUUUUGCGAAUUCUGAGCCACCAUUGUAAAAUUCAUAGUUUGUAGUCUUCACUAAAAUCCAUUUGGGAGCCCAAUAUCCCAUGUAAAAUUGGCUACAAAUAAGCUUAUGGUAGAGUGUUUGAGGGGCACAGGUAGGUAGUGACCUGUUCAUAGACCAGAAUCCAUUUUGACACCAUAUUAACAGCACAUGGUAUAAUACCCAGGGGAAUAAACCAAUUUUAUUAGCAUUCAAAUUCAUGAAGUGAUUCAUGUUUUUGUUUGAAUUGUAAUAUGGAGGUCAGUCAGUUAUUUUAAAGCAUGCAUGGCUUCAUAUGAAGGUGAUCAAGUCAUAGAAUUCAAAGACACUCCAUAUCAUCACUGGAGUGUUUCAUUUACAUUACACAAGCUCCUCAGAAUUCAACACAAGGGAAUUAAUUCUCUUUUACUAUACAUUUAUGAAGCAAGUCGUUCAUGUAGUUGUAUGUACUGGACACAUAUAUUCAGAAUAGCAUGGAGAUAAAUAGUCGUUUUAUAACACAACAAAUGUUAACUAUGACAGUUGGAGUUCAUUAUCAUCAGAUAGCUUGUUUUUAUUUUUUGCGAUUUUUCUUCAUUGGUUAACGUAAAUGGCACAUAAAAGAAAGUUGGUUUAUGGUAUAUGAAAUAUCCUGUUCCACUGGGAAAGAUUCAAUACUACUGUUAAUGUUAAAAAUUUUUGUUUUAGUCAAAGAUAUAUAGAGUGGAGAGAUACAUCAAAACACUUGUAUCGCAUGACUUUGAAGAUGAUUUUUCCAAGCCCUGAGAUAGAAGAUAUAUUUAUGUCGAAGGGCAAAGGUAUGAAAAAAAUGGACUAAGCUGUUUUAUUGUACUGUCAGCAUCUGGACCAUUAUUAGAUGGAGGGGGGAUAUAUCCGAUUCAGACACUUUCUGGGACAUAUUUUUAUUGUUAAAAGAAAGUCAAAGGAGACAUAAUCGCAUGGAAUUAAUUUUAAUACUCUGUAAUUAGAAUUUUCACAAGCAAUCAAUAUUCACUCUCCUGUUGGUCCACAAGGUCUGAAUUCGCAUUUAAACUAUUAAGAAACUUGUCAAAUGCAGAUUUCAUCAAUGUUUCCUGAUGUUCAAGCAUGUGGUCAUUAGUUAAAUCCACUUAUGAUAUCAGGAAAAGAACAUAAUUUUUCAUAUUUCUUAUACCGCUAAGUGUCCACUUUGAUAAUGUAACCUGUUUAUGUUGUUCAGAAAUAUUUCUUUGUUAAAAUUUGUUCUACAAAGUUGCAUUUGUUAUUGUCAAAUGUGCUCAAUGUUUUAUUAUGUACAGCGUAGUUACACGGAUUAAAUAUUGAUUAUGGAAUAAAUGAAAAGCUGUAUCUCAAAAA